AUGUCCAGGUUUCAGGAUCUUGAAGAUUUCUUCAGCCGGCGGCUGCUCGCUGCUGUUAACGGAGACCUCUCAGGACGAUCAGCAACAUCUGUGUAUGAAGAGGAGCUCCAACGGCAACGAAAACUGCUGAGUGUGAUUUUAAUGCCUGAAAUCAAACUGAAGAGAGCAGGUUAGUUCACCUUCUUCUUCUUCCUCAACAUGAGAAACAACAAAAAGAACAAAAAGAACAGCAACGUCACUGACCUUUGAAGAUCAAUACUUGUUGACAAACAGAACAGCAACGUCACUUAUCGGUAAUUAUUUCGGUUACAGAAAGGAUGACGUCACCAAGCACCUGUUCUGUGUCGGCAGUGCCUUUCAUCUGUUGCCACAAUAACGUCCCAGCACAAUAAAAGCUAAAAAGAUCUCUGAGACAGACAGAAGCCAUUCUACUUAUAUUUACAAUAACAGGAAGCACAGUCCCCUUUCAAAAUAAGUCUCCCAAUAACUGCACAGCUUACCAGUAGGACACAGAGCUUCCCUUAGGUUAUGCCGUCUUGCAUCAAAAAAGCUUACACCACUUUAGCAAACUAAACUCAUGAAUUCCUUCAAUGUCAACAAUCUUUCAGAAAUCACACAGUCCCACAAAUCCUUCAAUCCCCGUCUGGACCAAGUACCUUCUCCUCUAAACAACAAACAUGGGAAAAAAAAAUAUUCUCUGCUGACAGUUAGCCACUUUUUCUUGGAGGACCACUCCCAGUAAAUCUGUGGUUUGUCUUAUAGGCAGUUUGAGUGACAAUAAUAUAAUAAUAUCCUGUAGCUGAUGGGGUCCAAGCUGCUUUAUUUCCACAUUUCUCUUGUAGAGUCAAGGUUUAAACCUGUGCCACAGUUAAAAAUCUGCCUCGUUCACCUUUAAAGUUAGCCAGCAUUACUAAAAGUUUCUGUAUCCUGUCCAGAAAUGGUUUUCUGACUUUUAGCAGUUUAGCAGCUUGAAUGACAGCAGCAAAUCACCGAAACUGCUUUGAAUUAUCAGCCAAUCAAGUCUUUAAAAAGGCAUGAUGUUUAAUUCUUUAGGCGGAUGUACAGUAAACAGACAAACACUCUGAGAGUGUUCAUUUCAAUUUUCCCAUGUAUAAUACACACUCAGCUGUGAGAGAGUGGCUGGCCUAACAUUGACCCUGCAGCCAUUGUAGUUCUCUGCAGACACCAACGGGAGGAGAAGGACUUCUACAAUCAUUAAAAACAUAUAUUUGCAUUUGCAACCAAAAGAAAAUGCAAAUGGUGACUCUGCAGUUAUCAUGCAAUAGGCCUCAUCGUGUCUCAUCAUUUUUUUGACAACUGCUGAUAACAGAUUCAUUUAGUUUUUUUAUGACAAGAGGUGGGGCUAAGCCCCACUUGUUCCUAAUGACCAUCACUAUGGCUGUUUCCAAAACAUCAUAAAAAAAAGUGAUAAUGACUUGUUUUUCCAAUGUGUGGUGUUCAAAGUCAAAGUGCAAAAAAAUCCAUGAUGACAAAGUUUCUCCAGUUGAUCAGUUGGUUCUUCUCUGACCGACACAAACUGUAUGACCCGAAUGUGAUGCUUCAGGGCAGGCGUUUCUAGCCUGUUUUUUGGGAGUGCUUGAAACAACUUCUCCUUCAAUAAAACACCAAAAUAAAAUCUGGUUGGUCUGUUUAGGAGUUGAUUAAAUUUAACUUGUAGGGGAGUUUGAAAAUUAAAAGCAAGAAUCUCUAUCCAAAGUUUGUCUCCAACAUAGAUGCCAAGCUUAUCUUGAUGUGUCUUUCUGUACUUUGGUGUUUCCUGCAGAUGUCCAGCAGCUGUCAGUGAUUAAAGAGGAACCUCUUGAGCUCCAGGAGUGGAGCCCUGAUCUAAACCAAAAGGACACCGAGCACAUGCACAUUAAGGAGGAGGAACCCUGGAGCAGUCAGGAGGGAGAGCAGCUUCAAGGGUUUGAGGAGGCUGAGGCCACCAUGUUCCCAUUCACUGCUGCCAUUGUGAAGAGUGAAGAGGAUGAAGAAAAACCUCAGCCUCCACAGCUUCACCCAAAACCAAUUCAAAAGAUGGAAACAGGAGAUGAUGGAGAAAUCUGUGGAGUUUCAGAACCAGCUGGAAACUCAAAUCCUGUGAGUGAUAACAGGUCAGAAGACUCCUCUGAGACUGAUGAUGAUGAUGAUUGGAAGGAGACCAGAGAGGAUCAGUCAGGAUUAAACUCUGGGAAAUUAAUGAAAAGAAGAGGACAGAAAACUGUCAAGAAAUCUCAUCCUUGCUCAGAGUGCGGUAAAAGAUUUUCACUAAAACAGCAUCUGACCAGACACAUGUUAGUUCACACAGGAGAGAAACCUUUCAGCUGCUCUGAGUGCGGUCAAAGAUUUAACCGUCAAUGUGCUCUGAUCAGACACAAGCCAAUUCACUCAGGGGAAACACCUUUCAGCUGCCCAAAGUGUGAUAAAAAAUAUUCCAACAUGGCGUCUCUGGCCAAACACAUGUCAACUCACGUAGGGAAAAAACCUUUCAGCUGCUCUGAGUGUGGUAAAGGAUUCAACUAUCACGACACUCUGAACAGACACAUGUUAAUUCACACAGGAGAGAAACCUUUCAUCUGCUCUUACUGUGGUAGAAGCUUCAACUGUCAAGGGCAUAUGAAAAGACACAUGAUAGUUCACUCAGGAGAGAAACCUUUCAGCUGCUCUGAGUGUAGUAAAACAUUUAGACGGAGAGAGACUCUGACCAGGCACAAAUUAGUUCACAAAGGGGAGAGACCUUUCUGCUGCUCAGAGUGUUAUAAAAAUUUUUUUGAUGAAAAGUCUCUGGCCAAACACAUGUUAACUCACACAGGGAAGAGACCUUUCAGCUGCUUUGAGUGUGAUAAAAGAUUUUCACUAAAACAGCAUCUGACCAGACACAUGUUAGUUCACACUGGGGAGAAACCUUUCAGCUGCUCUGAGUGUGAUAAAAGAUUCAAAUCUCAAGAGGCCCAAAAACGACACAUGUUAAUUCACACAGGGGAGAAACCUUUUAGCUGCUCUGAGUGCGAUAAAGGAUUCAAAGUUCAAGAGGCUCUAAAACGACACAUGUUAGUUCACACAGGAGAGAAACUUUUCAGCUGCUCUGAGUGCAGUCAAAAGUUUUCCCAAAAAACAGAGAUGACUGCACACAUGUUGUCUCACAGGGAAGAGAAACCUUCAGAUGAUCAAAGUGAGAUAAAAGAUAUUUUGAUAGAAGGUCCUUGGCCAUGCACAUGGUAG